UUAGUAUCGUCUGAAAUCGCGCGCGUUUAGACGCACUAUUCACUUUGAUCGCUUAAUUCGAGACUGUGAAGCAUAAAAAAACUUGCCCCCCGCUUGGUGUUUACCUCAGCAAACGAUACACAACUCCCCAAUGUCCGACGACCAGCAAAUCUAAUUGCAUACAAUUGUGAAUGAAAAAAUUCGGUAUCGGACCAAGGCUGGCUGUGAAAGGCCAAUCAAUAGAUCUGAAUAAUCACUCCUCGACAAGUAACGCGCUAUCCAUCCCCCCCUGGUUUCGUUCGACCUGAGUUCCGGUAUAAUAACUAACCGUGGCAAACGACAACCACUUAAGACUCGACAAACCGAGCCACCGACGGCAUGAAAUUAAGCACAAAUUCAAGUGAUUCCAAAUCUAAUCUCACACACAGCAACGAUCUAUGCAAAAAAUACAAAUCAAAAAUAUUUGCCCAUGUCUGAAUGGCAUUUUUGGAUACACACAUACAUACAUAUGUUGCAUACAUAAAUACAUGAAUGUGUGCGUGCACAAAAGUGAUAUCGAAUGCAAGUUUAACUUAAAUCUUUCAUAGAUGCAAUAUUCGGGAUAAUACCAAAACGUCCUUUACAUCAUCGCAGAAAAACAUUGAUUAGCAGCUCGUCACGUAGUGGUUUCAUUACCCCUCCCCCCGGCAAUGUCACUCAAUCCAAUUGUUGGCGUGAAGAGAAUUCGAGAAUUGGGCUGUCCAGCAAGACGCUUUUUGUUUGAGGACGUUCAUUUGCUUCUGCGCACAGAAUGAUGGAACAUAUUCCAUCAAUAUCACUACCUGGGAUAUCAAUAGCACAUCCACUUUCUAUUUCGUCGGGACAAACGCUUGGCAAUCAUUUCGGCAGCAACUCAGUAGUCAGCUCUUCUACAGGGAGCCACAUAGAGCAGUUGGCAGCGGCGGUGCAUCAUCACCACCACAACAAUCAAGCAGGACUCCAGCAGGGGAACACAAACAACGGCAUAUCCCUGAAUUCGCUUUGUGGCUUGCAGAGUCAACACUCCAGCUCACCGUCCACAUCGUUGUCUGGUCCCAGCAACACUGUGGCUAGCAGCCCUUCACUAUCACAAAACAAUCAACAGAUCUCCCCCGCUCAUAAUUACAUCCUGCAUCACGCACACCACUCAUCCCAUUUGCAAAGUGCUGGAUCCCUGCAUCACAACAAUCCGGCCUCAGUACACAGUCAUUCAUUGGCAGUGUCCAGCAGAAGCUUGCCCCUCCGACCGGCCGAUCAUAUAACAGCGCACCUGCAGAAUAACAUUACACACAGCCACAUUCCCGGAGAGUCGUCGUCGGGCGCGUCAUCAGUAACAUCGUCAGCGAUUUCUUCGGCUAACUCCUCGGCCAUGGCUGCCGCAGCUGCGGCCCACCUACACCACAGCACACAGUCGUCCCAAAUGAGCAACCUGCACCAAAACAUGGGUACACUCAUGAACAGUGGUGGAAGUGCCAGCGAUGUCUUUUUCAGCCUGAUGAUCCAGAAUACAACGAAGCGACAAAACGAAGAACACAUCAAACGACCAAUGAACGCGUUCAUGGUGUGGUCGCGCUUACAACGCAGAAAAAUAGCACAGGAUAAUCCAAAAAUGCAUAAUUCGGAAAUAUCGAAGCGCCUAGGUGCUGAGUGGAAGCUUCUUACGGAAGACGAAAAACGUCCAUUUAUCGAUGAGGCCAAACGGCUGCGAGCUAUGCACAUGAAGGAGCAUCCGGAUUAUAAAUACCGACCCAGAAGGAAACCAAAGGCUCUUCGAAGGGAUGGAUACCCAUAUCCAAUGCCAUACCCUUCGGUACCAGUGGAGGCGCUUCGAGCGGGUAUUACCCCGAGUUACUUUGCGCCGGGACCAGCAGCCGCAGCAGCUUAUCACUUGGGCAGUCAUCUGACGCAAACGAAUCCGCCAACAUCCCAGAGCUCCAUAUCGGCCCAAAUGGAGGUGCCGAAAUUCGCCUUGGAUCGCAACUCAUAUCUUACUUCAGCAGCUUCGGCCGGGUCGCUGUACGAAUCAUCGAAGGCAGCACAAGCUAGCGCCGCAUACAGCGCAUAUCUGGACCCGAGUGUCCUUACAAAGGCUUACUUCGACUCCAAGAUGUAUCAGGAUCGGGCGGCCAACUAUGCCUUUGACAUAUCGAAAAUAUAUGGGGCACAGCAGCACAAUCCAACAGCUGUAGCUGCUGCGGCCGCCCAUCAACACCACCACCAGCAGCAGCAGCAUCUUUUAAACGGCUUGGGCAUACCCAGUCCCCACAACAACAAUGCCUCAUCAAACAGCAACACGAAUAUAGACGAUCGGGACAACUCUCCUCCGCACUUGGAGACCGGCGGCAAUAGUAGCGGUGGUCCAAUUGGAGGGAUAGCUGAUUCCAAGUCGCACCUCCAUUCUCCCAACGACAGCCAAUUAGAAUACUCACAAUACGCCCAAUACAAUCAGGGUGCGGGCAACUUUAACAACAACGCACUCUCUGCAACAGCGCCUCCCGCGAACAGCUCAUCGGUGUCAUCGGCAAGUAGCGGUGAUUUUCGCCGGCCGCUUACAGUUAUAUUUUGACCACCAUCUGAAGAAUGUGAGGAGCUCAAUCUGUCCAUAACACAUUAAAUGCCGCUGCAAACACUUCGAGAACACUCACAACAACAACAACAACAACAAGCUAGUACAAAGCCCCAAAACAAACGUUUGCGGUAAAUAAAUUCUUCGUUUUAUCCCAUUUACCCACAUGUGGAAGAUCUAACACCUACCAUCGCUCUAUCUCUGUACAUCGAGAGAAAAGAACAUUGAAAAGCUACAACGACCGCUGGAAGCCAACACGGAUGCCGGUGCAAACAAAAAUUAAUUACACCCCACACACGAGUCGUAUAGAAAUUUCUGUAUUAUUUGAAAUUUGUGACUUAACUCAUUUUACAAGGCAUACGAACAUUUUUACACGCACACACACAUACGCCAGCACACAGUGUACUAAUUAAAUAUAGCGUAGACUCCUAGACAAUUUAUAGCAUUAUUAACUUAUUUGUAUGUAGGUGUAUAUAGGCAUACAAAACGACACUGGAACCGAUAUUUUCAUUGUUACCACCUCCUCCUCCUCCUCCCCCUCUACUUUUCCUCCUCACCCAAAAAAAACAAAACACAAAAGUGUAUAAAAUAAAGUAAACCGAUUUUCAUUUCAUA